AUGGCGGAGCACCGGACUCAGGCGCAGGAGCAGCUACACCACAUCGGAGAGGGCGUGAAGGGGCUAAUGCCGGAGAAGGGCCCAUCGGCGUCGCAGGUGCUGGCAGUGGCGACACUGCUGCCCAUCGGCGGCGUACUCCUCGCCCUCUCCGGCGCCACCCUCGCCGGCACGGUGAUCGGCCUUGCCGUGACCGCACCCCUCUUCAUCAUCUUCAGCCCCGUGCUGGUGCCGGCGGCGAUAGUGGUCACCCUAGCAGUGACCGGAUUCCUCGCCUCCGGUGCCUUCACCCUCACGGGGCUCUCCUCCAUCUCGUGGUUGGUCAACUACCUGCGGGGGCUGCGGGAGAGGGCCCCGGGGUACGUGGAGGAAGCUAAGAGGCGCAUGCACGAGACGGCGGGACACGUGGAGCAGCGAACCAAGGAGGCCGGCCAGAGGAUCCAGAGCAGGGCGCAGGAAGGCGCCGCCGGCGGCGGCGGGAGGACGUGA